UAUCAUUCUUAUUCUAAACUUAUUUGCAUAUUAAUAUCAUAAUUAACGUUUUUUACUAAUAACUAUGGUGAUUUGCUAAGUAGAACACUAGAUAGUGAAGUCUUUAAUUUAAUUUAAAAAAAAACGUUUAAUAGUUAAAACUCUUUAAGGAUCAUAUCCUAUGGAUGUGUAUAUAAUAAUAUAGGAUCUAAUCUACAAUAGUACACUUCUAAGAAAAAAAAAGUUCAGACAACAAACUAGAUGUCGCUCUCCCUCCUACUCCUCGCCUGCCUCACAGCCGGGGCGGCGGGUCACGGGCGGCUGCUGGACCCGCCCGGGCGCUCCACGGCGUGGCGCCUCGGGUUCCCCACGGAGAAGUAUGGAGAUGAUGCGGGGCUGAACUGCGGAGGGUUCUGGAACCAGUGGGGCGUGCAUAAGGGGAAAUGCGGCAUCUGCGGAGACGCCUUCGAGCUGCCCACUCCUCGUCCUCACGAGCUCGGCGGCAAGUACGGCAGCGGCCUGGUCGUGGCCAACUACCACCCCGGGGCCUCCAUCCCCGUCACCGUUGACCUCACCCGCAGCCACCUCGGCUACUGGGAACUCAGGCUCUGCGACGACCCUCAGAACAAUGAUCAGGAAUGCUUCGACCAACACGUCUUGGAGCUAGAAGACGGAGGGUCCAAAUACUACCCCAUAGAAGGGAGCAAGAAGUAUGAGCUGACGUACAGGUUACCUCCGGGGUUGGUCUGUGAUCAUUGCGUGCUGCAGUGGAAGUAUACCGCUGGGAACAACUGGGGGGUCUGUGAGGAUGGGCAGCAGAUGGUUGGUUGCGGGAACCAGGAGCAGUUCAGGGCUUGUUCAGACAUCUCUAUAACCACCAUGAAGUCAGGCCCUGAAAGGUUCAACCUGGUGGAGUCGCUGGGCAAGAAGGAGGAAGAGUAUGAGGAGUAUGAAUCUAAUGAUGUGGAUGUUGACGCGGGCGCUGAUGAGUGAGAUCUGAUUGUUGGUGCCUCCACCUGGUGUAGUUUUGCUCUGUGAGAGGGUUGAUGUUGUAAAUAAAGAUAAAAUACCUUGGUAGAGCAUGAGACGUCUUCAAACUAGAAGGGAUAAAAAAUAUUGACCUUUACUUUACCCAGUUGGUUAUUGGUACAUUAUAUUAAUUUUGAUUUUGAACUCACUUCGUGUUAACUUUUAUCCAGAAGUUGCAUGUACUCUAUAAUAAAAUUAUGUGGAACAUUAUUGAAUUCAA